CUCGAUUUCCUUCCAAGUGCGUUUUGACUAAUGUGGCCUGAAGAUGGAAGCUUUGACAAUUGGCUAACUGAGCAUGACUCUCACUUUGCAUGGCCUGGAGAGUUAAUGCAUCUUCUCAUCUGUUGGCUUAUACAAUCCCUCCACUGAACUCUUACUAAGCCACAGCCAAAUCUUUCCCUCAUUGAUUCGCAUUCCUCCGUCUCUCCUGCUCGCGUCGCCAUGGGCCGUAAGAAGUUGAUCGUGCAGAGGAUCGAUAAUCAUGCCGGUCGGGUAGUGACCUAUAGGAAGCGCAGGGAUGCGAUUGUCAAGAAGGCCGCCGAGCUAUCGGCGACGUGUGGCAUGGAUGUCGGUCUGAUAAUGUUUUCUCCGAAUGGUCGACUGACUAGCUUAGCCAGCAUCAGUGUCGAGGAUGUCUUUCUGCGGUAUCUCAACCUCCCCAAUGCAUCGCAAGCGGGGGUAGUCGAAAACCAAGACGUUUUGCGUCAAGGCCUCAAACAUGGGAAGUGUGAAGCACAAAUGCUCGAAACCCUGACAAAAAUACAGGAUCUCGAGGAAGAACUCGCGGUGGUUAAUCAGCAACAAGCUGAAGCACAGGAUAAGAUCAGAUGUUACGCUCCAGAGCCGGAAGAAGUCGGAUCGGUUCGAGAAGCUGAAGUGCACAUGAGGUUUCUUAAUGACGCUAUCAGGCGCAUAGAACUUCUAAAACAAGCAAAAUGGUCAUGGAACUGCCUUCUGCCUCAAGAAUCGGCGAGUUAUGAGGUACCAGCUGCAUUAGCCAGGGGUUCAAAUCUGGCAACUAACAAUUCUGCAUGUUCGAUCCUGGAGAGGGACCGUCCUGACGAGAAGCGUCACAGUGAAGCGGAGCCACAACCAAGCAUUGGCUUCUUGAAGUCGCAAGCAGAGUGGAACAUUUAGAUGAGCCUCGACUCAAGGACUGAACCUUCGGCUUGCUC